AUGAAUGCUGCCACAAGAUCUGUCAUCAAGGACCUGCAGCAUCCAAGCCAUGCUGCUGCGAAUAGGAAGGAGAAACAACAGUUGUUAAAGUUUCCCCACAAGUCUGAGAAGAAAGAAAUUCCCCAGGAUGAUAAUCAGAGACCAGAUCUGGGAUGCCGACCAGUAAACCUGCAUGACAGGUUAUCUGUGGCUCACCUCGAUCUCCGGAGGGCCUCGUUGAUCGACCCCAGAAACAACCUGGUGACUUUAGUCCGGGGAGCAGCGGAGAAGGAAGAAGAGUCCUCAGAGAAUGAUACAGAAGACCUCCAGAUGAAGUCAACCAAAAUCACUACAGCAAUCCCCUACAUGAGCAGGCCAAUGGCUGUCACUUGUCUGCUUCUGAAUAUCAUCGUCCCUGGUACAGGAACUAUCCUGGCUGGCUUCACACUUGUGUGCUGUUCCGAUCCUGGCACCCCCACUGGCAGCAGGAGCAGUGAUGAGAGGUUGGCCCUGUUCUGCCUCAAUGUUUGGGUGGGGGUCUCGCAGCUCUUCACUGUCCCCUUCCUCCUGGUAGGCUGGUUGUGGAGCAUCGUCUGGGGCAUCAUGAUGAUCAACCUGUCCUACGCGCAGACGAAUGCAGGAGUGGUGCGGGGAGUUACCAUGGAAACACAUCUCUCUGCAAUAAGCAACUCUGCAAAGUGAGAUUUACAUGGGCUGAGACUUGGCUUUUGACCUGAAAAGUACAAUUGGGAUCAAGGCGCACCAGCUGACCAUCAGUAACGAUACAUCAGGGGUUAGAAUUUGUGCCGACAUAUUGAAAAGUGAAGUUCAUAGAAUAUUCUGCUGCAUUAUGCCUGUAUUUUAACAAGUACCAAUGUAAAUUAAUAUCUCUCAUUGCCACUAAUAGAUUAUGUUUUCCUGCUGUUAAUCUUGCAUUUUUGGAGUAGCUCUUCUGUUUUCUGGUGUCUUUGGUUGUAUCAACACAUUUCUACCUGCUUUGCUUAAGGACUUCUGAUAGGAAGCCAUUGUUGUAACAUGUGAAACAGUUGUUAACUUUAGACACACAAGAUGCCACAGAUGGUAAUGACCAAUAAGUUCUUCCUGUGAUGUUGGCUGAGAGGGAAGUAUUGACUAAGAAACAGGAAAGAGUUAAGAUGUCACAUUUCCAAGGGCUCCCUCUGUGGGAGGGCAAUGGGAUCUCAGUUUAACAUCCUCGAUGCUGAAAAGAGAAUGUAUACCAGAUAAGCUGCCAGCUCUGAUCUGGAAUACAUGUGCAAAUCCCACCAUGGUAA